AUGAGAGAGGGUUCCCAGGAUAUUGAGAACAAGGAAAGGUUUCAGACGGUACAGGGUCGUGAUCGAGAGCAAGCUGAACAGAUAAAUACAAGAGUCAUUGAUGCAACUGGAGGAGAUUCUGGUUCGAUAUCAGCUUCUAGUAAUGAUAAUAAAAAGAUUUCUCGUGAAGACAUUGAACUUGUCCAGAAUAUGAUAGAGCGUUGUUUACAGCUAUAUAUGAACAAAGGAGAAGUUGUUAGAACUCUUUCUAAUUGUGCACGAACAGAACCUGGCUUCACAACUUUAGUCUGGCAAAAGCUUGAAGAAGAGAAUUCUGAGUUCUUUCGGGCUUACUACAUAAGGUUGAAAUUGAAAAAACAGAUCAACUGGUUUAGCCAUUUAUUGGAGCAUCAGUACAACCUGAUGAAGUAUCCAGUACCCCAGCAGCUUCCAUUUGCUCCAAUGCCCAAUGGAGUUCGUCCUAUGUCUGCAUGCAGUGCUAUGUCUUCUGAGAUGGCUGUGAGCCCAUCAUCUGCGAUGUCAAGCAACCAUGUAUCUUUCACUCCAUCUGAGAUAUCAGGGAUGUGUGUGGAUGAGUCAGCAGCAAAUGCCACAUUUCCGGCUGAUGUUGGAAAUGGACGGCCUCUGCAAAUAGGAUGUGAUGGUGCCAAUGGCUCUUCCUUAGGCCAGCAGAUCUGGGACUUCAGUCUUUUUGAUCUAUCAGCAGAUUUGACAAAUCUGGGAGGUAUUGUUGUUAUCUUUAAACAUCUUAUCAUGAAUAGCAUUUCCAUGUCUAAUCAGUUCUUCCAGAUACACUGA